AUGGUAGAACGCAACCCUUCCAAGGUUAAGACCCGGGUUCGAUUCCCGGUUAGCGCACUCUUUUUGCAAUUUCUUUCUUUGCUACCCAUGACCGAUUCCGAUCUAUUUCUGAAAUUACAAACUGAAUCUGUCCAUGAUAUUUAUGAAGGACUUUGUCGGGUGGAAGAACAAACGGAUAGUGAAAGUAUUCUGGGUUUAGGCCGAGUAUUAGCCCAAAACUUGUUACUUGAAACAAAAACUCGGAAGUACGCUAUCUAUGCCAUGGUUGAGAUAUUGAGAAUAGCCGCGCCACGUAAUCCUUUUGAAGAAAAAGAGAUAGAAACACUCUUCCGCCAUCUUGUUACUAGAGGAGCACGUGAAGUUGAAGGUCGACGGGCUUUAGAAAUUGUAGGUAGUUAUCGGAUGGCAGCUUUACUUGAACAAUCAAAACUAGUUAACGGACUGGCCGAGUUGGCCUUAGAUAAUUUAGGAAAGAAGUGGGCCAUCGAAAUGAUCGACUCAAUUCUAGAGGAGAAGGAAGAAGAUUUAGGCCGUGAUGUUAAGAUGCGGAUUGUUAAGAAAGUAUCUGAAGGUUGUGUGGUUUUGGAACGGUCUAUUGAAAAGCAUCCUUUAUUGUUUAUGCAGCCGAUUGAGGAGUACAUUGUUGCCAGUAAGAAACGAGUUAGUUUAGUAAGGAAGUUCAAUAGUAUAAGUAAGGAAGUGGUUACUAGAGAAGUGGCGGAAAAGUGUGUGGCGGACUUAAUGAGUAAGAAAGAGUUUAUUCAGUUUGUUGGGAGUACUUCGGUCCGGCGGGAGAUCUUACAGGUGGUAGAAGGUCUGUCUGAAGAUAGAUCGGGAUGGGUACGGUGUGCAGUAGUUGGCAUUCUUUUUGGGAAGGCUCGGGAUUCGUUCUAUACGGCGGCAGUAGCUGCUGAGAUUAAAGAAGCGGCGGUUGCUAUUUGGAUGCGGCGGUUGCACGAUCCAACGGCUGUAGUACGGGCUAGUACUAUCAAAGGCACUAAGAUUGAGGAUAUUCUUGGCGUAUCUGAGGCUUGGAAGCGGUUGUUAGAACGAGUACGAGAUACUGAUCGGAGUGUGCGUGAGGCUGCUUUACAGUUAGUACUGGCGAAAGAGAAGGAAGAGUGGCAAGUAAGGAGGGAAAGUGAAUGGAAUGAUCGGUCUACUUGUUUUAUAUGUCGUGAUGGUGAAGUACGGGGUCAAGAAGAAGUCUUUGUUCCUUUACUUCUUUCGGUCUUUAUUGAUGAUCACUUGGAACAGGUUGAGUUAUUAAAACGGUUUGUGCAACAAUGGCGGGAAGUAGUUGGGAGUGAAAAUAUUGAAUGUAUAGGACAGUGGGUGUUUUUAGAGAUACUAGUUCGGGUGCAGAGAGAUGUAGAAUCGGUUGAUCACUUAACUGGUUGUGCAUCUGCUAUUAGUAUUUUAGAGUUGCCUUUACCCGAGUUAGUGACUGUCUGUCAAUCGCAUAUGGGUAAUGCUGCUAUUCUGAAGAAGGUUUUGGCUCCGGAACAGAUGGACUUAUCUAGUAUGUACUUAACUGAAGCAGUUCCUGGUACUCUUUUGAUUAUGCUGGCGGAAACGUAUCCUAAGGGAAGUAUUUCUACUGAGCUUAUGGACUUGGUGAAGACUAAACUAUCUGGUCUAUCUGAGGAUAACUUUUAUCGGGCGGCCCGGAUGGUGAGUGUUUCUGAGUACAAUAAUGGCGAUGGCUGGACUCCGGAAAUAAGUGAAUCGGGCCGGGGUCGGGAGUAUAGCGAGAUAAAGCGUAUGGCUCUUUCGGAUGGGAAUGAGUUUUCUUUAGACCUAUCACGGAUUACUGACCACUCGAUCUCGGAUGUAUGUCAGACCAGUACUGAUGUUCAGGAACAGGAGAGAAAGUUAGGGGAGUAUUCAAAGCGGAUGUUGAUUUCGGUGCAAAUGGAUUUGUUUGAGUGUUGUGUUCGAUCGGCGUUGCUAGAGAAGGUGGCAGUUACUUACUUGUUGAGUGGUACGUAUGCAGAUUAUGAAUACUUUGACCGCUCGGUCUUUUUUAGGCAGCGAUUGACUAUUGGUGUGCGCUCCCAUCCGGAUCCAGAGAUUAGGCGUUUGUUUUCUCUUAUUUCUAUCUUAGUAAGUCGACGGCCAGUAGUUGUGUUUACUGAGAGUUUGUUAUUGGAAACACUAUCUUUACUUUGUUGGUUCUUUAUUGAGUACAACCGAGUACGAGCGGUUGAAAUAAUUACGGCUCUUUUUCUGGGCAAUACUUCACUGGCCCAGGAAUUCUUCUCGCUCUUUGUUAAUCUGAAACGGUUCAAAAUAGAAGAUGCGGCGAAACUACAAGAGAUGUAUGUCUUAUCGGAAGAGGUGUAUGCGGUGCUAGAUAAGGAGGCAAGUAAAAUUGGUAUUAAUCCGGCCCAGUACUCUAAUGAGCUGCCUGAUGGUCUAUACGAUCGAUUGAAGAUGCGUGGUGGUUGGGCAACCACUUUGCUUCUUUUGGAUGAUAAUCAGUUUAGUGCUAAUAUUUUGACUCGAUUUAAGCAGAAGCUUGAUAAAUAA